CGCCGUCGUUAAGUUCUCUAGCUACUUAGUGAGUGACCUCCGCGAAAAACGAAAGAUAGGAUCCUCCACCCAGCCAUACACAUACCAUACAACAUGUCGCACUCAAUGUCUCUCCGGACCUUACAGACUCAUAUUAUCCGCCCUCGACUUUCCAACAGCCGGGGAUGCCGAAAUGUAUCACGGCGUACAUUGAUCCCCGCUCCGAGCGCGAAUUCAGGACCUCUGAUGGACCGCCGUCCUGAUCGAGCAUUGCCCGAAGUGAAUUCCGGUCGCGGCUGGAAGCGGACGCUGCCUAUCUUCGCGGUCGUCGUCGGCGCAGCCAUGCUCGGUAUUUUCAACUAUCAGAAAUCAUCCUCGAGUGUCGUCAGCAGUACCCUCUAUGCUCUGCGAACGUCGCCGCAAGCGCGCGAGAUUCUAGGCGAUGAGAUAUACUUUGCGAGCAAGAUUCCCUGGAUUAGUGGCACGAUGGACCAAUUGCAUGGUCGUAUUGAUAUCACAUACUGGGUGAAGGGGACUAAGGGCGAGGGGAAGAUGCGGUUUAGAAGCAUUAGACCGGACCGGAUGAGCUAUUUCCGUACUCAGGAAUGGAGCUUGGAAACAAAAGACGGAACCGUCGUGCAGCUUCUCAACGAGAACGAGGAAGAUCCCUUCAAGGCUUAAACUACGUUCUAUCACCGAAUUGAUCGACUACGGAAGUCCGAGACGGGAAGUGUACAGCUAUACCACGUCCCUGAUGCAUCGUGCCUGGAGUUUUGUAUGAUACUACUUUUUUUUCAAUUCUUAUUAAAAGGAAAGCUGGCGUUUUGAAGGGCUGCCGCAUCAUGGGAUGAGAUUUUUGUAUAUGCGCGUGUUGAAGAGAGUAAUGGGAAUCAUUUGUAUCCUAUAUGCGAGCGCCAUCACCGGAUAUGAGAUGU